CGAUGGCGGUGGCUGCCACCACGUUUGUGACCUGCUUUGCGGUCUCGGCCGCCGGCGGCACGUGGUGGGGCGGCCUCACCUGGCCUUACAUCUCGGACACCGGGCGUGAGCCUCCCGAGGCGUAUGUGUUUGGCGUCGGAUUGACGCUGGCGUCGCUUCUGGCUGCGGCGAGCGCCACCUCGCAGCGGCGACAGCUUCUGCUGACCAAGAGCUGGCUUGUCCCUGUGGCGAUCGAGAGCGGUUCGAGCGGGCGCUCAGUCUGCGGCUGUCUGCCGGUCUCGGCGAUGAUCACUGGCGGGUGGCUCGCCCACCUCGCGGCACUGCCGUUUGGCAUCACCGUCGGAUGGGUCUCCACUCGCACUUCGAUCAUCGUGCACUUUAUCGGUGCGCUCGGCUUCUUCUUCUUCACCCUUGUGGCGGUGGCGUGCAACACGCUCGCGGUCGGCGGGCUCGUCCGACUGGGUGCGAGUUGGCUCUACACAUCGCUGGUCAUCAAGCGGGUGCUCUUUGUCUGUGCGGCCAUUGCCUUUGUAGUCCACGUUGUCAUUGGCAACAUCAUCGUGUGCGAGUCGCCCAACGACGACGGUGUCUUUGACUACCGCGGAUGUCUCGCCGAGCAACACGUCAUCACCGUCUCGCAGCACGCCAUGGUCUACUUGUUCCUGGCAAUUCUUGGCACAUAUGCGCUCGACAAGCUUGGCCUUGGCGAGGGCACAUCAUACGACUCUGGCUCUAGUCCGCUCGAGCUUAGCCUCUCGAGCGAGAUGUCAAGCGAUGGGCGUACCCAGAGUGCGGUCGUCACGUCCGAGUCGGACUCGUCGUCGUCGACUUAGGCCGGCACUACUUGUGCACGUCCAGCAAGCGCGCUCAACAGUCGAGUGAUGAGUCAAGGUUGGUGUUGGCCAAGACCACAACGAAUCGGCGAGUACAUCGGCAGCGUGAGCGCCCGGAAUGCCCCGCACAAUCCCGUUGCCCAGGCUGCGACAGCCGGAUCGAAAGCCAGAUUAGCAAGUGUAAAGUUGUGGCAGGUGCA